GCAGAGGAGAAACAAAACCGAAAGUCAUUGCGUACUGAAAAUAACAUCUCUGCUGACUCAUUGUAAAUUGAAGACCUCACGUUUAUAGUUGAUCUUUACUGUGUUCUCGAUUGCAGGGCUGUAGCUACUGUGGACUGAAGCAACCGGGUAUUUUUUAUUUAUUCAAUCAAAUUGAUCGAUGGCCUCAGAAAACGAUAAGAUCAAUCUGAUAAAGGACUUCACACCAAGGCUGCGGAAACUUAUUGAAGUCGAAUUGGUUCUGGACCACCUUGACUUUAUAGGCAAAGAACAAAAAGACUUAAUACGAACCAAGGCAAAAACGCAAAGUAAUCUAAAGGCGGUUGAUUUACUUAUUGAAACAAUCAUCUACAGGCAACAUCCAGACGGUUGGUUCAGGGAGUUUGUGGAUGCACUGUCUGCUGGGGGUUGUAAACAUGCAGCUAUCUACGUAGAUUGUCCUCCAAGUCCCUCGGUGGAGGCAGAGAAUGAUUACUGCGUCAGACUAAUUGAACUUCUGUCCCCAAGUCUUUUGCGCAUGAAGACUACUGAGGUUUGCCAUGCCUGUUUUGCUGAAGAAAUCCUCUCCAGGGAAGAUCUUGAAAUUGUAUUGGCUGAAUGUCAAAACAAAGGAAAUAUAAGUGGAGCUCGUGAACUUCUCAAGAGAAUCGUCAGAUUUCCACCAGGGUGGUUCUCCACCUUCUUGAAUGUGUUAAAAAAAACGGAACACCUUGACCUGUUUAAAGAAUUAACAGGGGACACGCCUGAUGAUUUCCUGAUAGUGGGGGGUGUUAGUGAACAGCCAGGUGUACCAAUUGAUGUUAAUGGAGCUCCAGAGGAGCAGCCAGUUGGAACAGCAGAGAACUCUCUUCUGCCAGAACAAGAGGCACUGGACAGUGUGACUAGCACGAAUCUGGAGGCAACUUCAGAGACUGACUUGGAAAGCGCAGACCUAUAUAAUGGCAAAGAAGCUGAAGCGGGGAAUGGGGAACUUGGAAAUAGCUUGGGUGUCCCAAUGUCAGACUGCACCACUGUGGCUGAAGGCCCUGAAAAAGAUGACAUUGUUCUUCGAGAUUAUCAGAUGGCUGUGGCCAAGCCCGCCUUGGAAGGAAAAAACAUCAUCAUAUGCCUCCCAACAGGAAGUGGUAAAACCAGAGUUGCCGUCUAUAUUACUAAAGAACAUCUGGACAACAGGAGGAGAGAGGGCCGACAAGGGAAAGUGGUUAUCUUAGUUAACAAGGUGCCCCUGGUGGAGCAGCACUACUCUACUGAGUUCUGGAAGUUUCUGAAACACAAAUACAAAGUGGAGAGGGUCAGCGGGGACUCUCAACUAAAAAUAUCAUUCACUGAGAUCGUCCAGAAAAAUGAUAUCAUUAUUUGUACAGCCCAGAUUCUGGAGAAUUACUUAGAAAGGGCUCAUAGUGGAGAUGACGAUGGGAUUAAACUUUCAGAUUUAUCACUGAUUGUGAUUGAUGAGUGCCACCACACACAGAAGGGGGGAGUGUACAACAACAUAAUGAUCCGCUAUCUGAAGCAGAAGCAUAAGAACGUCAAGUUAAAGAAAGACCAGAAGGAGACAGUAGCCAUCCCACAGAUUCUGGGUUUGACUGCCUCACCUGGCGUCGGGGGAGCAAAGAAAAUGGAAAAAGCUGAGGAGCACAUUCUUCGAAUCUGUGCAAAUUUGGAUGCAUAUAAAAUCAUGACGGGAGACCUUGGGGAAAAUAAAAAAGAGCCACACAAAAACAUUGCCACGGCUGAAGCGAGGAAAGAGGAUCCCUUCGGUGAUGUUAUUAAAGGUAUCAUGAAUGCCAUCCACACCCAUGCUGAACUGAACCCUACCUGUGAUGUAGGCACCCAGAACUAUGAGCAGUGGGUGGUCCAAAAAGAGCAAAAUGCUGCUAAAGAGGAGAACCAGAAGGUGAGAGUUUGUGCUGAGCAUCUGAGGCAGUACAACGAGGCCCUGUACCAGAACAACACCAUCCGCAUGUGUGAUGCCUUCAGCUUCCUAGAGAAAUACUUUGACGAGGAGCUGAAGAAGAAAGUGGCCCCAGAGGGCGAAGAGACCAUCAUAAAGACCGACACAGAGAAAUUCCUCUUCACACUCUUCAAAGAUAACAAAGUGAAACUGCAGGAGCUGGCAAAGAAUCCUCAGUAUGAAAAUAACAGCCUCUUUAAACUGAGAACCAAAAUCCUCCAGGAAUUUACAUCUAGAGAAAAAGCAAGAGGAAUAAUCUUUACCAAAACCCGUCGCAGUGCCAUUGCAUUAGCUCAGUGGGUUCAGGAGAACCCCAAGUUCCAGGAGGUUGGAGUCAAAGCUUGCCAUGUGAUCGGAGGAGGAGACCAAAGUGUGGUGAAACCAAUGACUGCUGCAGAGCAAAGGGAUGUUUUGAACAAGUUUCGUAUUGCAGAGGUCAACUUGCUAAUUGCGACGACAGUGGCUGAAGAAGGUCUGGAUAUAGCCGAGUGUAACUUUGUUAUAAGAUAUUGUCUUGUGACAAACGAGAUCGCAAUGAUUCAGGCCAGAGGCAGAGGAAGAGCUGAGGACAGUAGUUACACUUUAGUUGCUGGGGAGGGCUCUGGAGUUGCUGAGCGAGAGAGUGUCAACGAAUAUCGUGAAAAGAUGAUGAGCAAAGCCAUUGAAAAAGUCAAGAAACUAAAUCAAGAGGAAUAUGAGAACCGAAUUAAGGAAUACCAGAUUCAGGCAAUCAUGGAGGAAAGAGUACGAACAACCAAGAAGAAGCAGAAAGGACUGAAAAAAGAAAGCCCUUCCAAAGUAAAGUUCAGCUGCAGAGGUUGCAACAAGCCUGUCUGUUCGGGGGAAGAUAUUGAAAUCAUUGAAAACAUGCACAGAGUCAACGUGAAACCCCAAUUUAGGGAAAUUUUCAUCCAAAGAGAAAACACUACACUUGCUGAAAGACUGCUGGACUACGACACCAAUGGUUUCAUAGCAUGCAAAGACUGUGGACAGAGAUGGGGUUCUCUGAUGCUCUAUCGUAGUAUUGAGUGUCCUUGUCUUGAUGUUAAAAACCUUCUGGUGACGUAUGACGAGAAGAAGAAGAACAUCAAGAAAUGGAAUGAGCUGACCAUCCAGUUUCCUGCCUUCGACUAUGCUGAAUAUGCGCGAAAUAUGGCCGAAAGCUCUGAGGAUGAAGAGUCAAUGUAAUAACAUAUAACCUACAAUAAUAACCUACAAGAAUUUACAAGAAUUGCUAGGGAAUGCCCAAGCUCAUCCUUUAUAUUCUAAUUAUAAAGAAAGAACAUAAACAAUUUCUUAGAAAUCAAAUGAUCCAACUCAUUGACUGCAGUGUAAUAAACAUGCCUUGUCAUGUCUAGUCUUGGGGAGCUAUGUCUGAAAGUUUAAUAAGUUGUUGAUAGGAAAUAGUAUGAAUGUUAAACAAUUGUAAAAGUCAUUAUUGUAUUCAAAUGAUUCCUUAUGACCAGCAACACAAGUUUAAUUAAAUGAAUAACCUUGUAUUAAACAA